CAGCUGCUCACGCAACGCCUUACAGGUCGUGCAGAACGCCUCUGUGCGGCCUCUCAUCCUCUCAUCCUCCUAAACCCUGGUCAUCCGUCGCAUCCGCGCGCACCUCGCCACCUCGCCUCCUCGCGGCUUCUCACUGCUCUCACCUCUCACCACCUCCUCACCCCUCACCCCGCACGCUCUCGCCGAUGUCCCGACUCCCCACACCCACGCUCGGACGUCAACCCUGCUGUCGCAUCUUCGCAUUCGCACAAAUCCACUCCCCUAUCCCCACCAACCCCUCACGCGUCAUCCUCUCACAUCUCCCCCUUUCGCGCCGCCACUCGGUACUGGGCCAUGUUGAGACGGAUGAGUGGGCCUUAGUCGGCCUUGACUCUCCACAUACCGUCUUCUCCGUGGGGCCGUACAGCGGCCCAAAACGCGCGGGCCUCUAUCGCUCCCGGCAAGGACUACCCGGUCUUCUCAUGCCGCUCAUUACCCCCUCUUGCCCGCACUCCAAGGGGUUGGGGGGGGGGCGACAUCAAGACGAGCGGCAGCCGACUCUGCCGAGGCGAGUGCGACAAACGACAAGCCUCGGCGCCCGCUACGCACAGGCAGUGGCGGCCAACGUUAACUCCCACAUACACCGUCCUUCUGAUUUGGCCGAUUCAUAUCUGUCUGUUCAUUCGCCCUGCCCCGCUGACCUCCGCUCGCCCGUUGCCAAGCAGCCAAGAGGAAAGAGCAGGACCAGGAGCCGUUUCCGAUUACAUACCAUGACUCAUAAAGUUGGGAAUGCUAGUCGUCCGAGUCGACGCGGAGCGAGAGGGCAAAGCCCGUCGACACAAUGCGACUGGACGACCCCGCGCCAGCCCCGCGGCGCGGCAGUGGCAAUUGGUCGUCGACACGUCCGCGUCUGCGUCGCCAUGAACGGGUAAACUUUUCCUGUCAUCACAUCCACCUGUGGAAUGUGCGAUCCCGCACUAA